GACUAUCCAAAAUGGAUUAUAAAUAUCAGUUGACUAGAACAAGAACACACAUUCAUUUUUGGUAGUUAAACACCUUGAGAAAAGCUUUCCUUAAUCUUUGCAUAGAAGAACAAAGAUUUAAUUAUGGCUAGUGAAGAAGAUAAGGUGAUUCUACUUUGUACAAGAGUGAGCAUGUUCGCGAUGAGGGUAAAAAUGGCCCUGUCUCUGAAAGAUGUCCACUUCGAGUCCAAAACAGAGGACUUGCGGAACAAAAGCUCACUUUUGCUGGAGAUGAAUCCGGUUCACAAGAAGAUCCCGGUUCUCAUUCACAAUGGAAAGCCGGUCUGUGAGUCCCUCAUCAUUCUUGAGUAUUUGUAUGAGGUCUGGAAUAAAAGGACUCCAUUGUUGCCUUCUGAUCCUUACAAGAGAGCUCAAGCCAGGUUCUGGGCUGAUUUUAUUGACAAGAAGAUCUAUGAGGGGGUAAUGGCAUGGAUGUCUAAAACAAAAGAUGGAAAAGCCAUUACAGAGGAACUAGCAGACAACUUGAAGUUGUUGGAAGAGGAGCUUGGAGGAAACUCUUAUUUUGGAGGGGAAGGGGAGAGCAUUGGGUUCUUGGAUUUAGUUUUGAUGUCAUACUAUACAUGGCUUUUGGCUUUGGAGAAUGAUGUGAGGUUCAACAUAGAGGCACAGUGUCCAAAGUUGUUUGAAUGGGGCAAAAGGUGCCUGCAUAAUAAGGCCAUCUCCAGCAGUCUUACUGACCCUUUGGAGCUCUCUGUGUUUGUUUUGAAGAUGAGGAAAACAAGUGGAAUUGAUUGACUGAAGAGAAAAAUCACAAAGUCAAUUAAAUGCUUUUCAAAUAAAUCUUGAUUCAAAUAAAGUGGGUGGGCAACUUACAAUCUUACAUACUUGUCUUAUGUUAUAGCAAGUAGCAACUCAUGAAACAUUAUGACAUGAUGUAUUAUGUACGUACUUUAUAAAUAAAUGGAAUAAUGACAUAUCUGAGCAUAUUUUACAUAAGAUAAUGGAUUAAAAUGUGACAUCUUAUAUAUGUAGUGAUUAUAUAGAAGCAUUUAUGUAUUACAUCCAUGUUUAA